AUGGAUACGGGCCUCAGGGAUGCUGCGCCCCCGCCCGGGGCCGCUCAGGGCCGCGGGGACCCCGGGGCGGACGGCGUGUCCGACCUGACGUGCCUGGAGGCCAUGAGGGCCGAGGAGGAGGAGGAGGAGGAGGAGGACCCCGGGGAGGACCGGGCGGGGGAGGGGGCGGGGCCCGGCGUCCCCACGGGCUUCCGGACGGCCGGCGGGAGGCCGGUUCGAGUCCCGCCCGAGGCCCUGGCCCGGGCCAGGCGGCUGCUGGCGGCGGCGGAGGAGGACGGGGAGGAGGGGGAGGACCCGCCCCCGCCUCAGUUUCCCCGCGGCUUCCUCACGGCUGGCGGGAGGCCGGUUCGAGUCCAGCCCCAGGCCCUGGCCCGGGCCAGGCGGCUGCUGGACGGGGCCCCGGGGAGCACCCCGGGGGAGGAGCGGGAGGACGGCGGCCCCGGGAGCGGCCGCCCCGGGCCCCCGCGCUCUCCCCCGCCCCCGGGGCCCUUCGGGGGCUUCAGCACGGCCGGAGGGCCCUGCUGGACCAGCCCGCGGCCCCCGCCCCCGUGCUCCCCCGGCCCCGGGUGCUCCCGGGACGCCGCCCCCCGGGCCGUGGCCCCGGUGGCCUCCGGGGCGCCCCCUCCCGGAAGGACCUCGGACGCGGAGCACGGAGAGGACCGGGAGCACGGAGAGCGGACGGAGAGCCCGGGCCGCCCCGGCCCGGGGCCCCCGAAGAGGAGGCGCAAAGACCCACCCUGGCAGCCCCCCAGCAAGAGGAGCCUGCCGAGCGCCUCCCCCGGGACGGCGGGGAGCACGGAGACCACGGGGAGCAGGAGGACACGCCUGGGGCCCUUCACCUGCAGCCCCGAGGGCGCCGGGGACCGACGGGGGUUCGCGGACGGCGCCGCCCUCCAGCCCGUGACGAGCCGCCCCCAGGGCCCCGCCCCCCGCCCCGCGGGGUCUCCCCGCCGGGUCCCGCAGGGCCUUCGUGACGCCGUGGGCCGUGCGCGCGCAGCUGCGCCAGGAGCCCGAGGAGGAGCCGCAGAGCUGGCGUCGCGCGGGACCCUGAGGGACGCCGUCGGGGGCGCCGGCCCGGAAGCUGCUCCGCGGCGCAGCCUUGAAACCGCAACCCGCGACCUGGAACCGGAACCCGCAGUCUCGAACCCGCAGCCUCGCUCUAUGGACCAGGCCGGACUCGAACCCGCGGCCUCCCCUGGCGCCGCCGUCGGGAGGGAAACGAACCGACCGCGAGGCCCCGCGCACGCGCGAAUCCGGUUUUAAUCGCGUCACGUCAGCCCCCCGGGUCCCGGGUUCGAUCCCCGUCGCCGACGCCGUCACCAGCGAUGCCGCCGCCUCCAGGCAGCCCGCCGGGCUUGCAGGGUGACGCGGGGCUCGAACUGCUCCUCCAUGCGCUGGAUCUUGGCCCCGGGGGACCCCGCGGACCGUCCUCCUGGGGGGGAGGGGAGGGGGGUCCCGGACGGCGACCUCGCGGCGGGGCUCCAGGGCCGGGGACACGCGUGUCCCGGGGUUCACACGUGGGGUUUUAGGUGUUUCAUGUUCCCUGUCGGGGAUCGAGUAAAGACGCGUCGAAAUACGUUAAGAUUCAUUUGAGAUACAUGUAUGUAAUCUCUCUCCCUCUCUCUCUCUCUCUCUCUCUC